CCUCCCCUCCAUGCCGCUUCCCCCGACUGGCUCCAAGCGCUCGGGGAGGAGAGGAAGGAGAUGGGCGCGGUUCCGAGGCUCGCAGCCUCCGCCCCUCCAGGGCCAGGCAGGAGACCUGGGUGUUCGGUUCAGCUGGGAAUCCAUGUGCGAGAGGACCCAGGCGAUCAGGCUAAGCAGUGAUCCGUGACUCUGCUCUCCCAGACGGCCAGGAUCUGGAACAAAAGCUCUACCAUUCCCCUCGCUUAUCAGACCCCAGACCCCAGAUCUCGCCUGAGGACGUGAGCCAUUGAUGGGCUGGGAGGAGGCCAGGUCCGAGCACCUGGGGCUGUGGGUCCCUGUGCUGGCGGUCCUUUUGCUGGGAGCCUGCCAGGCAUACCCUAUUCCUGACUCCAGCCCCCUCCUCCAAUUUGGAGGCCAAGUUCGACAGCGGUACCUCUACACAGACGAUGCUCAGGAGACGGAGGCCCACCUAGAGAUCAGGGCUGAUGGCACGGUGGUGGGGGCUGCCCGCCGGAGCCCUGAAAGUCUCUUGGAGCUGAAAGCCCUGAAGCCAGGGGUCAUUCAGAUCUUGGGAGUGAAAACAUCCAGGUUCCUGUGCCAGGGCCCGAAUGGGACACUGUACGGAUCGUUCCACUUCGACCCCGUAGCCUGCAGCUUCCGGGAAGUGCUUCUGGAAGAUGGAUACAACAUCUACCACUCUGAGACCCUGGGCCUCCCACUGCGCCUGCCCCCCCACAACUCCCCAUACCGGGACCUGGCGCCCCGGGGACCUGCCCGCUUCCUGCCCCUGCCAGGCCUGCUUCCGGCCACCCCGGAGUCCCCGGGGAUCCCAGCCCCCGAGCCUCCCGACGUGGGCUCCUCAGACCCCCUGAGCAUGGUGGGGCCUUCUCAGGGUCGAAGUCCCAGCUACACUUCCUGAAGCCGCGGGCUGUUUAUUACGGGGUCUCCUCUUUAUUUAUUGGGUUAUUUAUCUUAUUUAUUUAUUUUUUAUU